AGAUAUUUUUAAAAGCCGAACCAUUAGUGCGCUCCUGUCCUGGCCUUCCAAUAAUCGACUGUCGUGAAGACGCAUUCCUCUCUCCCGUAUCGUAUUUUUAACCACCAAAAGACCUCACUAUGGGUUGUUGUAUCAGUCAAGAGGACAAGGAGGGCCGUAACCGCAAUGAGGCUAUCGAGAGCCAGCUUCGGAAAGACCGCAUGCAAAUGCGGAAUGAGGUCAAAAUGCUGCUGCUUGGUGCCGGAGAAUCCGGCAAGUCUACCAUCUUGAAGCAGAUGAAACUGAUCCAUGAUGGAGGCUACUCUAAGGAGGAGUGUGAAGCCUACAAGGAGAUUAUCUUCUCUAACACUGUUCAGAGCAUGCGCGUUAUCCUCGAGGCUAUGGACAAGAUGGAGCUUCCGUUACACCACGAGGCCAACCGCAACUAUGCCAUAAUCAUUUUGAGCCUACCUGCUCAGAUCGAGGGAGAGUACAUGCCACCCGAGGUCGCGGUCGCGGUUGAGAACCUGUGGGUCGAUCCUAACGUGCAGCAGGCCUUCCAGCGCAGUCGCGAGUACCAGCUGAACGAUUCUGCCAAAUACUAUUUUGAUUCGAUUGAACGCAUUGCAAAGCCGGACUACGUUCCCACAGACCAGGAUGUACUCCGGUCUCGCGUCAAGACGACGGGUAUCACCGAGACGCGUUUCGUGAUCGGUGAAUUGACCUAUAUGAUGUUUGAUGUCGGUGGCCAACGGUCGGAGCGCAAGAAAUGGAUCCAUUGUUUUGAAAACGUUACAGCGAUUGUGUUCCUGGUCGCUAUCUCAGAGUAUGACCAGCUGCUCUUUGAAGACGAGACCGUGAACCGAAUGCAGGAGGCUCUGACGCUGUUUGAUUCGAUCUGCAACUCGCGGUGGUUCGUAAAAACGUCGAUUAUCUUGUUCCUGAACAAGAUUGAUCGUUUCAAGGAGAAACUGCCCAUCUCACCCAUGCGCAACUACUUCCCGGACUUUGAAGGCGGCGUCGACUAUGACCUGGCAUCACAGUACAUCCUUAACCGGUUCGUAAGCCUUAACCUUUCCGAUACCAAGCAGAUCUACGCACACUUUACGUGUGCCACGGAUACCAGCCAGAUCAAAUUCGUUAUGGCGGCCGUUAGUGAUAUUAUCAUCCAGACCAACCUGCGAGAUUGUGGUCUCUUGUGA